GAGGAUAGUGAGCGAGGCAUGGGGAGAUUGCCGGACCAAAGAGAGAGAAGUGUUACUACAGAGCUGCUGCCGCUGCUGGAGGACGAGCUGGGAGCCAAGGAUAAUGCUCCAUACCUCCGCGUACAGCGGCACGCCGGACACCUUGUAAUUUCUUGUUCUGGUGGCGGUUGUGGAGGAGGAGGAGGGUCUUUAUUGUUGCAGCAGUGAUUGUCUUUUCUUUUUUUUUCUUUGCUUUUCACUACAUCCUCCUGCUCGCCCCUACUCACUCCUUAUUCCUCUGCAACUGGCAACCGCUGGGCUCCCCCUACCCCUCCUUCCUCUCUUUUCUACUUCUGUCCCCUUUUUUCCAGAGGAGGGAUUUCUGUAAUUCAUCAGGGAUUGUAGAAGACAUGUAUCUCUGGGAAUGAUGGUGUUGCCACUGUUGCCGCCCUCUCUGUCGCCAUGACGAUGCCAUUUAGCCCCCUGUCCAGCGACGAGGAGCAACAAAGGAUGCUGGGAAACAGUCGACAUCUCUAUCCUGGGGCAGAGGACGAGGAAGAAGAGGAGGAAGAGGAGGAAGAGGAAAUGGAAGAAGAUGAACGCGAUGAUGAAGGGGAAGAGGAGGAGAAUGGCGAGCUGGAGGGGGAGGAGGAAGAUGACGAGGAGGAGAUGGUGGAGGAGGUCAGGCGUGGAGGCCUCUCACGGGGCGGCAGAAGCGAGGGACACAGGCAGUCAGGUAAAAUGGCCGGACGUCCCACAGGAGACAGGCAGGUCCGACAGGGGAACCCUGGAAACCCCUAUUCGUCUAACCCUGGACCCACACACCAACAGCAGUCCAAUCAGAUACAGCAUCAGCAGCAGCAGCAGAGGAGGCUGAAGGAACACAGCGCCAGCUCGUUGCCAUCUGAGGACGCCCACAUUGCCAUGAUGGUGUUUCGCAUUGGCAUCCCAGACAUAAAGCAAACGAAAUGUUUGCGGUUUAAUCCAGAUGCCACUGUGUGGAAGGCCAAGCAGCAGGUGCUGUGCUCCCUGACCGAGUCUCUGCGAGAUGUCCUGAACUAUGGUCUGUUCCAGCCUGCCACGGAUGGCCACGAUGCCAAGUUCCUGGAGGAAGAGAGGCUGCUAAAAGAGUACCCACAGUCCUUUGAGAAAGGUGUACCAUAUUUGGAGUUUCGUUAUAAAACCAGGGUGUACAAACAAACAAAUCUAGAUGAGAAGCAGCUGGCCAAACUGCACACUAAGGCCAGCCUGAAGAAGUUCAUGGAUUACAUUCAAACCAGCGCUGUGGACAAGAUGGCCAAGUUCUUAGACAAGGGCCUCGAUCCCAACUACCAGGACUCUGACACUGGUGAGACUCCUCUGACCCUGGCAGUGCAGUGUGAGCCAGGUGGAGGAGAGGCCAUCCGGGUCCUGGUGGAUGGAGGAGCUCAUAUUGACUUCCGUGCCAAAGAUGGACUCACACCGCUACACAAGGCUGUUCGAGGCCACCACCAUACAGCCCUGCUGGUCCUGCUCUCUCUGGGGGCGUCCCCAGAUUAUAAGGACCGGCGAGGGCUGACGCCUCUUUACCACACUGUGCUGACAGGGGGCGACACCUCCUGCUGCGAAACACUGCUUUACCAUCGCGCCAAACUGGGCAUCAGGGACGAGAACGGCUGGGAUGAAACACAUCAGGCCUGUCAGAAUGGUAACUCGCAGCAUCUAGAGCACCUCCUAUUCUACGGGGCGGAUUCUUCCUCCCAGAAUGCCUCUGGAAACACUGCCUUGCACAUCUGUGCUUUAUACAACAAGGAAAGCUGUGCACGAAUUCUGCUCUACCGGGGAGCAAAUAAAGACACAAAGAAUAACAGCGGCCAAACCCCCUUUCAGGUGGCUGUUAUGUCUGGCCAUUUUGAGCUGGGAGAAAUCAUCAAAAACCACAGAGACACAGAUGUGGUCCCCUUUGUGGAGUCUCCAAAGUACGCCCCCCAGAGGCGGGAGAGCUCCCGGACGCUGACAAUACCUCCUCAUCCCUUCCUCAGAGCCAACAGCGACAGCAGCAUGAACCUUCCAGACUGGAUGGCAGUGCCCAACGCCCCGGGCACCAACAUCGUCUCUGUGCAGGGCUACAAGCAUACAGGAACCCUGCGGAGCUCCAGCAGUCCCAGAGGGGCACGGACACGCUCUCCUUCCCGUGGGAGGAUCGGAGACAAAGAGGACCGGAGCAGGCAGAGUCGGAGACAGGGGCCCGUCCCAGCCACCACCACGGUUCAGACUGCGGGCCAGCGAAGACGCCUCUACAGCGCCGUCCCAGGACGUGUUUUUGUAGCCACUCGAUCACAUUCUGCACAGGGGGAGAGAGAAAUCAGCUUCAACAAGGGGGACAGGGUCAAAGUGCUGAGUGUUGGCGAGGGCGGUUACUGGGAGGGGACGGUCAGAGGUCGCACGGGAUGGUUUCCCUCUGACUGUGUGGAGGAAGUGAUGCUUCGAAGCCAAGACAACCGAUCAGAGAGCCGCGGAGAGCGUGCCAAAAGGCUGUUCCGCCAUUACACUGUGGGAUCCUACGACAGCUUUGACGCUCCCAGUGACUAUAUAAUCAAGGAGAAGACAGUGCUUCUGCAGAAAAAAGAUAGCGAGGGUUUUGGCUUUGUCCUAAGAGGUGCAAAAGCUCAGACUCCUAUUGAAGAGUUUACUCCCACCCCGGCCUUCCCUGCCCUGCAGUACUUGGAGUCAGUGGAUGAGGGAGGUGUGGCCUGGAGAGCCGGUCUCAGGAUGGGGGAUUUCCUAAUAGAGGUCAACGGUCAGAAUGUGGUGAAGGUUGGUCACCGGCAGGUCGUCAACAUGAUCCGGCAGGGUGGUAACAGCCUCAUGGUCAAGGUUGUAAUGGUAACCCGCAACCCUGACAUGGAGGAGGGUUCAAGGAAGAAAAUCCCCCAGCAGAGUAAAAGGCUGAGCACUCCAGCUAUUGCCCUGCGGUCCAAAUCAAUGACUUCAGAAUUGGAGGAGAUGGUGGAGAGAGCUGCUACCCCUUGGAAAAAAAAAUCAGAAUUCGAAUCCUCACAAGUUACAGAGAAGAAGAGGACAGUCUAUCAGAUGGCUUUGAAUAAACUAGAUGAAAUUCUUGCAGCAGCUCAGCAGACAAUCAGCACCAAUGAGGCGCCGGGGACACGGGGACAGGGGCCAAAAAGGGACAGGGGAAGAAGUUUCUAUGGCAAUGAGCCAAACUACGGGGAUCAGUCCGGGAUGGGGGUGAUGUCAUCGGGGUUGGGCCUAGGCUACGACCGUGGACAAUACACCUCAGGUCAUGGCCCACCGCACGGUAUGCUGCGGCAGAAAUCCAUCGGGGUGCCUGAGGAGGAGAAGCAGUUCCUCCAUCCUCCAGCCAUGAAGUUUGCCCGGAGUUUGUCAGUGCCUGGCCCAGAUGACAUCCCCCCUCCUCCCACCACAGCCCCACCGGAUCCCCCGUUCUCCUCUGCUCCACCACUCGGUUGGAGAACGAAAACAUCGCAGCAGCCCUCUGUCUCCGUGUCCCAGUCCACAUCCACCUCUGCACACUACCAGCCCUACUCCCAGGCAUUACACUUCACCCAUGGAGGCAGGGAGAGGACUGGUGGUGCCAGCACUGGCCCCAGUACUGGAGCGGUGGACCACACAACCCCCUAUGCACAUGCAGCUGCCCACACUGCUCAAAGCAGGACUGCUUCGCGGAAGGUUGCCUACACUGGGGAGGCUGUUGGAGCUGGCGUAGGGGCUGGUGCAGGGGCCAAGGCAGCUGGUCUUAGGAGAGGAUACAGCACUGCCGUCCCCCCGUCCAGCAUUGCCACUGUAAUGCCUCAGCAACAACAGACUACCCAGAGUCAACCCCAGCGUGCAGACCGCAGUGCAGCUGGCGCUGGAGCAGGCGGUCCUAAAGGAGGGGCGCGGCGAGGUAAGGGUCCAUUGGUAAAGCAGUCUAAAGUGGAGGACCUGCGUAUGGGCCAGGGUACACUGGGGGGCAAAGGCUCCAUGGAGAAAAGCUCCAUUCCUAUUCCCACCAUCAUCGUUAAGGCCCCUUCAACCAGCAGCAGUGGACGGAGCAGCCAGGGCAGCAGCGUGGAGGCUGAUGUUCCAGCAUCAGGGGAGGCAGAUGAAUCCAAAACACCCCAUGGUCCUCCUCCCUCCACCCCUGCUCCACAGCCCCCUGCUCCACCAUCCAUCCCAGCACCCCCGCCUCCAUCCUUGCCUUCUAUUCGAGCCCAGGAUAAUCUGGACUUUACCAGCCAGUUCGGGGCCGCCAUUGUGGGCGCAGCUCGACGAGACAGGGAGCGGUUUCACGAAGCCCGCAGAAAGAGUGCUUCCUUGUUCAUGUCUGCUGAGGAGGAUGUGAGCCUUGGAGGAGUGAGCGAUGGAAUAGGAGGAGUAACACGGACUCAGGUGUCACAGCAACCGCUUAACACACAGGCUGAAAGUUCAUCAACGAGGCUGCGCCCGUCCAAGUCCAUUGAUGAGGGCAUGUUCUCUGGGGAUACUUUCAUCCAUCAUACUCGCAGUAUGCCUCCUGCUUUUGGCUUACCUGAGUACUCUUCACCUGCUCUGGACUAUCAGCCCAAGUCUGUGCCUACUGAUUUAUACACAGCAGCAGGCAGGCAGCCAGCACCCGCUACUACCACCACCUUCAUCCACCCUCUAACAGGAAAGGCUCUUGACCCCACAUCGCCACUAGGCCUUGCCCUAGCUGCCAGAGAACGUGCUCUGAGGGAUGACAGCAGGUUAAGGAGGGGAGCGGAGCAUCACUUUACCCGCCAAAUGUCGAGCGUGGUGUUUCCUUCAUCUAGUGUCACCUCUCAACCAGUGUCAUCCGCCUCCCAGUCUUCAAGCUCGUACCUGGUCACCUCCUCUUCUCUGGCGGCCACAACACCCACUGUCGGACGGCCACCCUCACCCAGAAUCCUCAGAGGAGUUGGGACAGUUUGGGGUGAGGACGGUGGCGGUGGGGAGAGGGAGCGGGAAGGAGGAGGGGCCCGUGAGGGGCUAAGAGUUCGCUUCUCAGAGGACAAAACAGUCCACACACACCACUAUCAGUCUCAGCCGUAUCAGCCAAGUUACAAGGAAAGGGAGCGGGAGAGAUCGAGGGAGAGGGAAAGGGAGAGGGAGCUGUCCAGGGAAAGGGAGAGGGACAAGGAGAGAGAGGGCUACAUGAGGAGGGUGGAGCAGGCAGCUGCUAAUGCAGCAGCGGCUGAAAGCGCCGCCCACCAGGCCGCUCAGUCACAGCAGCCGCGGAGGCCCACUUUUCUCAGGAUGGAAAGUCAAAGUGAUGCCACUAUACUAUCCCUCACACCUCCCUCUCCUCCUCCUACUAGUGCUCAGCAGACAAGGAGCACUACAGGGAGCACGGGAAGUGGGCUCAUGGUUCUCCCUCCCCCUGCCCCCUCAGUCGAUGCAGAUGAUGAAUUUGUCUACGCAGACCCGCUCCCGCCCCCUUUAGAGUUCGCCAACAGCUUCGACAGGGGAAUAUCGGGUUACUCACAACACGCAAUGCUCUCCAACAACCUGACCUCCCGCCAACAGCAGGUCCCGCCCCCUCCACCGCCACCCCACCUCCACCACCACCACCCCCUCCGCCCCCCAAAAGAACAAUUCAUAAGUGGGUUUCCUGCUCAUACACCCCUUCACUCACCUCAGGCCGGGGACUCCACCGCCUCUAGUCUCACAUCUUAUGACAGUGAGGUGGCAAACCUGACUCAGUCUGCUCCCUCCCCAUCACAAACAUCACCCAACCCACAGCCUCCACCCUCACCCUCUACCCUGCAGCCCACCUCGGGCCCUCCACCUCCACCAUCAGUGUCACCCCCACCUCCUCCUGGCUCUUACCACAGACCCUUCUCUAUGUCCCACCACCUUUACAACAGCACUCACACUCCUGGGCGCUCUUCACCAACACCUCCCCCUCACACUGUCGCUCCUCCUCCAGCCUACCGUGGUCCCCCAGCGCCCUCGUCCACUGCUGCCACCACUGUCCCACAAAGGGGCACUGCCUCUCAUGCCACGACCGCUAGCUGUGCUGCUACAACCACCACUGCUGCCACCACAACAAGCACCUCCACGCAGCUCUACCAGGAGCGAACACACACCACGCAUUCAACAUCUUCUGCCGCCAUCACAGGAAGCCGAAGGUCAGGAGAGCACCACCGUCCUCCCCCGACCGCCAAGAAAGGAGAAUCCCAGGAGACUGUGGUGGACUCUGGGAUCGAAGAGCUGGACAGUCGCAGCAGCAGUGACCACCACCUGGACAGCAUCCUGGCUCUAAGGGGAGACAGACUAGAUAGAGGGGAGAGAGGAGGACCUGGAGGACGGAUAGGAGGGGGAGGGGAUGCAGAGAGGGGAGGAGAUUUUCUGGAGUCUUACAUGAGCUACCUGGAUGGACAGACUUUUGAGAUGCAGAACGCUACGGCAGCAGCCUCCACCUACCCUAAAACCAACAGGUUCAGAGAGGGAGGUCGUGCCGGGGAGCUACAAAGACAAACCAGCACUGCUCCCGCGUCCUUCCACUCCCACAGACGGCGAGAUGAACAGGAAGAGGAUGAGAUCGAGGAGGGAGUGGCAGAGGACGAAAGUGGCCAGGACGGAUAUGGAGUAAGGGACAUGCAGAACCUGGGACGUCCCACUUCACCAUACUUUGAGCGGCCACGCACUCCUGAGAUGAAGCCUCUUUGGGGAGAGAGUCAGAUGUCUGGCGAUGGGAGCGGCCAGCAUGGGACGCUUUUAGAGGGGAAGAAAAUUUACCCUCCCGCAUCCAGUAUGAAGCCCAGCAUCAUCAAUGAACUGAGCAGCAAGCUGCAGCAAAGAACCAAGGACAGCUGGAGCAGCCAGACACAGCUGAGCAGACACCGAAGCAGAAACAGAUUUUCAGAAGACUCAGCCUCAGCUCUGAGCCCGCCCUCGGCUCGAUCUCUGUCGCCGUCUCCGAUCUCGUUAUCACAGCCAUCAUUGUCUCCGUCCCCCACCCCUGCCUCCCAGUACCCCAACUGGGGACGAUCACCAUCUCCGCAGCCUCCAGCAGCUUCUCAGCCGCCACGUUCCCAUUCCCCGCUGUCACCGACAUCUUACUCCCCUUAUCCUACUUCUCCCAAACACAGACCUGUCUACAGGACCAAAGCCUUGGAAUUCCAGUUUAUCCCCAGUCGUGAGUCCCGUAAAGCAGAAUCACACAUUCUCCAGCGAAGGCGAGCACCCAGCCCCCUCAUCUCGCCCUCAGAGAGACCCAAGAUGGGCCCACCACGGCCAUCAUCCCUUCCACUUCUCCCUACCUCACCUCUGUACAGUGCCAUCUAUGAUCUCCGCGGUUCGGUCACUCCACCAUCACCUGGGAACCCUCUCGGAGACCCCUACUUCUCUCCCUCGCCUCCCCUGUUUGCCCCCUCUGGCGCACCGCCUCCUCCAAACUCAACCUUAGUAGUUUCUCGAUCACUUUCUCCAACUCAUUUCCUGUCUGGGGCCUCUUCUCCGCCUCUGCACCCUCUCCCUCCGCCUCCCUGCUUGAGUUACCCCCAUCUACCGCCCCCUUCUCCCACAAAGCCCUUCGCCUCCAAGCCGCUGCCCUACUGGACCAAGUAUGACGUCGCAGACUGGCUGGGAUACCUGAACUUGGGGGAGCACAGAGAGCGUUUCCUGGAUAAUGAGAUUGAUGGCACCCACCUGCCCUCCCUGACCAAGGACGACUAUCUGGAUUUGGGUGUGACACGAGUGGGUCACCGCAUGAAUAUAGAACGAGCCCUGAGGAGUGUAAUGGACAGGCUGUCCAGCAGCCCCUUUCCCAUUUCUGUUCUCUCACCUCGGGAUGGACAGACGGACAGGAGGAGGGACGACGGGAGUCGGAGCUGAGGCUGCAAAUACAGAGAUGGAGAGAGAGGCACAGAAGGAGGGGUUGAAGCCAAUGAGGGAGGAAGACACAACUGCUGCUGCUAUCCAUGGUGGAUUCACACAACAAAUGAAGGGGGGCCAGAUUUCACACAGAGAGCAUCAGAAAGAGGGAGUCGAGGCCCAAGGGGAGGUGGAAACACAGGGAUGGAGGAAGGGCUGGCGCUCCUCACAUGUGGCAGGCUGAUUUACACAAAUACACUCCCCACGCGCACGCACGGUCACACCAAUCAACACAAUUAACGCAAACGCCCUCUCGUCCAAAAUGUCUGUGGCUGCAGCAGAGAUUACAAAUACUUGAGAGGAACAAAAUAAGCCAGUUAGACUGGAAAAGAGGCAGGCUGAAGAAAUGAAAAGGUGUCACGUAGUCAUCUUGUUGAGUAGUGCUCUUACCCCCUCAGCUGGCUGGUUUAAAGUUUACGAUUAAAGAGCGGAUGCUGACUUCAUAAUAAACAUCCCAGAGGAGUGAGUACUUGAGGGUGAAUGAGGAUGAAUGUGUGCCAGAGUGAGGCUUUAUCUGUGUGCAUGGUGAACGUAGGGCAGGUUAUCGCGACGGCCUCCUCGUCUCUUUUAAAAUGAGGCGAAGUCGCCGGUGGAUAAGCUGCGUGUGGCUUGCUGCGUGUUUGGUUGCGUCUUGUUUUUACCUCACCACUGGUAGGGCUCUGUCCUCACUGCAGAUCCUGUGAUCGGGAUCACGCGUGUAUGUGUGUGUUUCUCUAUAGCUCUUUAUUAUCUUAAGUCUUAUAAUGACGUAUAUACAGACUGGUCACUGUAUCACAAAUUUGUAGCAAAAAUAAGUGCCCAGACCAACAACAUAAAAGUAAAUGAACACACAGAUAUGCACACACAGGCACCCGAGUUACUCUAUCCAUGCCUGCAUGCAUACACCAACAUGUAAACACAAACACAAGCACUUCCCAGUGUUUGUGUUAGAAUUUAUGGGACACCUUAUAUAUAGACACACACGCUACGUUUGGAUCCGAGAUGUACAAAACGGAGACAGACUGUGCUUUCAUUGGGAUUUGCGACGACGCAAAGAGACGGAUUUUAUUUACGGAGAAAGACUUUCUCAGCAUCAAGGCAAGUGUUGUACUCUCAUUCAGACCUUCUGUGCGAGGCAGACUGGAAAGGAGAGGGGAGGGAAGGAGUAAAAACUGCCAUUUUCUUGUUCUUUCCCACUUAAUCCCCCCGGCUCCUUCCAGGAGUGGCCUCUCUCCGUCUGUCGACGAAACCCAGGAGGAAACACCCGGCCGAGGGGAUCCCAGAGAAAAACGCUUAUAUCGAGUUUUAAUACUAUGAUUGUUCUUACACUUUUUAAACUUUAAAUGGGAAUACUGGAAUACUGAUAUUGAUAUGAAGAGAUUUAUUGUUACUAUCUAUCAUUACUAUCAUCGUCCUUACUGUUAUUGGAGCCUCAGAGAGUCCUGGUUUCUGCCUUUGGUGGCUAAGGUGGCGCUUUUGUGCAGUCGGCUUAUUUCUCUGACUGUGAAGUGAAGAUAAUCGUCGUGGUUAUAUAGAUAUAUAAAUAUAUAUAUGUACAUGUAGGUAUUUUUGAACUGAAAGAUGCAUAAUGUACCCUUAACAUAGCUUCUAAGUGACAAGAAGCACUGCAAUUAAAUGUGAAGCACAUUUAAGAAUAUUAUGUUUUCCCCCGUUCCUCCUCAUUGUUUCUCCUGUCGUGAGACUGUGAAGCUUUAAUCAAAAUCACCUUUUAACCUUUAAGGCCUCAAAAUAUAUUUUUCUCACGCUUUUAAAAGUUAUUCACCACUUAAGAUGCUGUAAAAAUGUAGCAGCUGUUGCUCUGAGUGAAAAUGAUUUAGAAUAAUACAAAAUAAUAUUUUUCAAAUUCUCUGUAACAUUCUAAUCUACAUAUAUAUCUCGCUCCCUGGCGAUUGAUUUGAGACCCAAGUUUAACUCUUCUCCUGUGACCCGGUGUGACCCCCUGACAUCAGCUUUUGUGGCACAUUUACAUCUCAUCCCAUCCCCAAGUCCUGCUUGUCUUACUAUUGCUGAGAUUAAAUAUAAGGGCUCUGUCAUGACCUCUCUACCUUGAACAACGCUUCACCUCUCCUGCUGCUUUUGAGUCCAUGAACACAUAUCAAAUGUGCAUUUUUUCUGCUAUCGUUAGUCUAUUUUUGCCAAAAGAUUUAAGAAUUUUCAUAGUCACCUUGCUUAAAAGUGCACAUGCAUGCAUGCAUCCAUACAGACUAUAUAUGCGAUUUAGCAACGGUAACUAAGGGGGGACGGUUUUUGUAUUUGCUCUUUACAGAUGGCUAAGGAAAGACUAUAUUUGAAUUCAAGGGAAAUAGCAAUAAGGACGAUGAAAAUAAUGGUCUAACUAUGGUUUAAGAUGUAAAAAGAAAAAAAAUCUCAAAAGUUCUAAAGAAUCUCUGUCUUCCAAAUAAUGUUUAACAUGAAAAGGUAAAUUGUAUUUAUUUAACUCUUCUGCUUUCUAUACAGUUCGACCUGUUCUCUGCACCCACCCCCCCUCCCACUGUUGAUAAUCUGAUGGGAUUAGGAGCUCUGCUCCGUAUUCACCCAUCGUUUGCAUCUUCCCGUAUGUACAGAGCACCCUCUGCAGCCGCUAACACGUGCUAGUAUGCUCACAGCUCAUUGUUUUAUUACCAGCAUAAUAUGCAACGGCCCUGUUUCCACUAGCAGCUGAGACUUUUUCACAUUUCCCUUUCGGAGGUUCUGAAGGGGUGAACAAGCCAAGUGUGACUCUACACGUCUCAAAGUCUGCUAGUGUACAUAGGGCCAAUUAAGAACUCUGGAUAAGAUUUAAAAAACAUCUUGCUGAUACAACGAUCUUGUUAAGUGACUGGUGAGAUGCUGUUUUUUGUUUUUUAAGCCUUUCUUUGUGUUUUGUAGUCGCAUUGGAGAAGUGAAUAUCAGAGGGAAUCGGUCUGACUCUAUAGAAAGCACUUCUUUUCCUUUAAGAGAUCUUUUAAAAAAACGAGAAUAUGAACUGAUGAAAAGUAACUUACAGAAUAUAUAUGUAUAUGUGAUAUGCAUAUACACACAUUCAUAUAAAACAUAUAUGAAUUUCAAAUGUUUUAAGAGAUAAAUUGUUAGAAUUAUAAUAAAGAUACAGAAACAAAGUUCUAAUUAA